AUGCCCACCUCCAAGCUCUUCGAACCCCUCCAGCUCGGCCCGCUCAAGCUCCAGCAGCGAAUCGCGCUCGCGCCUCUGACGCGCUACCGCGCGAACGACAGGCACGAGCACACCGAGCUCGCGGUAGAGUAUUACGGCCAGCGCGCCAGCACGCCCGGUACGCUCCUGUUCACGGAGGCGACCUUCAUCUCGCCCCGUUCGGCCGGAUACGCCCAUGCCCCGGGCAUCUGGAGCGAUGCCCAAAUCGCUGCGUGGAAGAAGGUUACAGACGCCGUACAUGCCAAGCGCUCGUUCAUCGUACUCCAGAUCUGGGCGCUGGGCCGCGCUGCAUCGCCCGAUGUGCUCAAGGCCGACGGACAAGACUACGUCGGUGCAAGCGCGAUCCCCAUCACGGCCGAUAUGCCCGCGCCGCGCCGUCUCACGGCCGACGAGAUCAAGGCGUACGUGCGCGAGUUCGCCACGGCCGCGGAUAACGCCGUGAACAAGGCCGGCUUUGACGGUGUCGAGAUACACGCCGCGAACGGAUAUCUGCUGGAUCAGUUCAUGCAGCGCGUGUCGAACGAUCGCACGGAUGAGUACGGUGGCAGUAUCGAGAACCGCCUUCGGUUCGUGAAGGAGGUUGUUGAGGCCGUUACUGCGACUGUAGGCCAGGAGCGGACUGGUAUCAGGUUCUCGCCAUGGUCCAAGGCUCAAUCCAUGCGCAUGACGGACCCCGUCCCGACAUUCUCAGCAAUGAUCACCCACCUCCGCGACACCUACGCCAAGCUGCUCUACAUCCACGUCAUCGAACCGCGCAUCAAAGGCGACAACACAGCCCACGAAUCCGACUGGGCCGGACAGCGCGAGUCCAACGACUUCGCGCACGCGAUCUGGGGAGAUCGCCCGAUUAUCGUUGCUGGUGGGUACAAUCGCGAGACGGCGUUGGAGGCGGCGGAGAAGGAUAAUGUGAUCGUCGCUUUUGGGCGGGACUUCCUUGCGAACCCGGACUUCCCGACGCGCCUGAAGGACAACCUGAAGCUCAACGCGUACAACCGCGCCACUUUCUACACGCCGGGUCCUGUCGGCUACGUUGAUUAUCCCUCCUACUCCUCGACGUCGUAG